CUAGACAGAAAUGUCUAUAAUCAACGACGAAAAUGGAAGAGGCUAUAAAGUACAUCUUUGCAAGACGAAUAUUGCACAGAACAACAAUAAAUUUUACGAUAUGGAAUUGUUGGAUGAGGGAGGUGAUUUCAUUGUGAAGCUUAUCAAUGGACGUAUUGGAUAUCGUGGUGUCACACAAUUAAAAGAUUUCGAUGACCUCGACAGAGCCAAGAAGUUCUUCGAAAGCAAAUUCUACGAGAAAACUCAUCUUCAUUGGGAAGAAAGAGACGAUGAACCGGUUCCCAAUAAAUAUGCAGUCGUUGAGUUGGCUACUAACGCAAGACAGACUGAAAAAGAAGUUAAAAAGGAGGAACCGGAACCUGAGCCGAAAGUUGAUGAGAAAAAUACACGUGGAAGGAAGAAAAGAGGAAUUGUUAAAGAAAAGAAAGAAAUCAAGAAAGAAGAGGAACCAGUUGAAGAAGUUAAUGAAAAGCUGAAGGAAUUGAUGAAAUGCAUCUGCGACGAAGAUGUUCAUCUGGGACUCUUGAAACAACUGAAAUUUAACGAAGCUUUUGGAAGACCAAUUGAUUGCCUCUCACUUGCCCAACUCACCACUGGAUAUGAAAUUUUGAGUAAGAUUGAGGAAUCGAUUGGAGGAAAAUCAGCUCGAAGAUCUACUCGUGGCCGGCCACGAGUAGCUGACCGUGUUCUUGCUGUUAAAUCCGAUGGUCCAUCUCUUCACGACAUCAACAAAUAUUAUUCUCUCAUCCCUCAUUCAUUUGGUUUCUGUGUUCCUCCAAAAAUUGAUUCUCAUGCUAAAAUUCAAGCUGAACGAGAGCUUCUGGAUGCACUGAAAGGAUCAAUUGAAGCAUCACUGGAACUGAAGGAUUUGAAAAAGACAGCAUCGUCGAAGGAUAUUUAUCAAAGACUUUAUGAGCGCCUCCCGUGCCAUUUGGAGCCAGUUUCGGAAGAAAUUGCAGGAAAAAUUGGAGACUGCUUGGCUAUGCGUGGACCCACUCAUUGUUACAAGCUUUCACUCAUUGAUGCAUUCGAGUUAAAGGAUCCAAAUGAAAUUCCAACUGAAGCUCCAGUUGAAGUUCAGGAAGUUCCGAAGAAGAGAGGACGAAAGAGCACAAAGACCGCUGCUCCAACUGUUCCACCACCAACUACAAAACGCCUUCUUUGGCACGGUACUCGUGUGACAAAUGUCUUCUCAAUCCUCAUGAAUGGACUUCAGUUCCCAGUUGGAGAUCGCUGUGGUCUGAUGUUCGGAAAUGGAGUUUAUUUCGCAAAUGUUCCAACUAAAUCCGCGAAUUACUGUUGCCCAGAGGCUUCAAAGAGAGUUUUCAUGCUUCUUUGCGAGGUUGAAACUGCGAACCCAUUAGUUCUCUACGAGUCAGAAAUUGACGCGGAUGAGAAAAUGGAAAAAGCGAAAAAGACGUCGGUUUAUGCAGCUGGAAAGCACACUCCAAGAGACACUGUUGAAAUCAAUGGAAUCCCGGCAUUCAAGUCAAAUCUUGAGACAAUCGAAGAAGAAACUCGUCUUCUCUACGAUGAAUAUGUGAUGUUCAACAAGGAACACUUCAAAAUAAAAUAUGUUGUCGAAGUGAAAGUGGAUCGUCUUACCGCUAAGGAAAUGAUGGCUUAAAUGCUAAUUUCUCAUGUAAUCUCUCACAUUUUAUCUGUUUCUACCUCUCCAUUUAAUUUUCUGAUCUGAAUUUGUCAAGCUUUUGUAACUUUUUUUAAACCUGUUAAUCCAAUGAUACUCCUCAUUUUUUUAAAAUCACAUUCCUGGAAUUUGUUUUUGCUCAAAAUCUCAUCUUUUUCGGUUUCACUUCAUUCAUUUUCUGCUCAUAUCAAAAAACAAAUGUAUUUUUGAAGC